AAAACUGACACUUUCAAACUAGACUGGCGUUUCAACGCUUGUGUUGUUUUUUUAUGGAUUUUUGGCAUUCCGUCCGAAGUCACGGUGGUUUAAAGUUUAUGCUUUUGAACUAAAACUAAAGAUCUUUUAAAAUUCCUCCUGAAACAUAAAAUAGACUUGUCUUCUCCAAGAGAGCCUGCUUUAAGAUUGUGAGAGAAAAUGUGCUUAAAGCCACUCUAGUAUUUUUUUUUCAGAAGAGGAAAGUCCUGUUUCAGUUUUCCUCAAAGCAAAACAAAGAAGUUGCUCUCUCAUGGCUAAUACCACAACAACUCAAGCCUCAUACAUCACAGUGGAACCACAGGCUGAUGAAUGCCUUGAAAAUGUUCCACCUAGAGAUCCUAAAGCUGUUGACUCUUCAAAGCUAGAAAAUGCUGAGAAUUUCACCUUACAGUUGGAGGAAGAUGGUGCAGAUGCUUUUGUCUCUUCCACUCCUGCUUCAAAGAAUAGAACCAGUGAUUUCCAGGCAAAGUCGUUGCUGUCGGGUGUCCAGUCUGCUUUAACCCCAGUCUUAAAAGAUCUAAAUAUCUGGAAUAAAAGCGCAUCUCCAGAGCUUUUUAAACUUCGAAACAGUCCUAAUUCUGCUGUUCCUUCUAAUUUUGCUGCAAACUGUCAAAAAUCAACCAGAGAUUCAAGGACACAAAAGAUUGGCGAAGAUAUCUCUAUGAUCAAUGAUGAAUGCUUGCCAGAAGUUACUCUGUCCGAUCUUACCUCAGAUUCAAUGUUGUACCUGACAAUGAAUGAUUCAGUCUUCCCUGAAAGACAACAUGCAACUCCUCAGCUUUAUAGUAAAAAGACAAACACUUCAGAUCAUCAAAAUAGCUUUUGUGCAAAGGUGGAUGACUCUUUUCAGAACGCUAUUUCAUUCAGAGGGAUUUGUAAUGAGUAUUUACAAGACAUUACUCUCCUUGAAGUUACUCGGGCCUCUCCAGUUGGACACAUGUCCUUCAUGGACAUUGAAGAUGACAGAGCUACUUCUGAUCAUAGUGAUCAAAUUAUGACAGAGAAAUCGGACACAAUCACGAUUGAGGAACUCUCCAGCAAGAGCGGAAAUUCUCCCCAGAGUUCAAGGCAAAACUCAAUUAAGGCAGCCUUGGAGGUAACUCAGGAUGUUACUUUGGAAAACAGCAAGUCUUCAUCUGAAUCCAGUGGACAAAAAGUGGAGAAAUCUCAAAAUCCAGUCAAUAGCACUCAAGUUAUUAAUGUUACUCGUGAUCUAUGCUCCUCUUGUGAUGCCUCUAACAGUGUCGACAUCUCUUCCUCUGGCACAGAAAGAUCAACCUAUGAGGUUUGUCCUGAACCCAGAGGAAACCCUGAUUGCAUAGAGGCUGAGAUGGUCACUAAGGAGUCGCAACAGAGCCCAGAAUCAGAGACCGGUGGACAAAAACUAGAGAUGUAUCAGAGUUCAGACACACUCUGUAUCCAAGCUAUUAAUAUUACUCAAGAAAAAAACCCCGGCUGUGACACGCCUGUACAGACUGCACGCUUGCCUGCUGACAUGGACAAAUCCUCCCCCGAGUUGGAAUCUGAACCCAAAGAAAAACUUGAAGAGCUGCCAACACGCUGUGACACCGAGUCAACCAACAAGGAGUCACAACAAACCCUGAAACCAGACAUGUCUGCCAACGGUACAUUUGCAGUUGAGCAGCCCUCUAUACAGACCAUUUCCAUCGUCAAUAACGAGACUCUAGAUCUUCCACCAACCAACGUAAGCUAUGCAAAAGAUGUCAAGGAAAGCGGAGAUCAGCAAACUUCUGUCGACUCUAAAACUGAAGCUUCCUUUGUUGUGCAUCAGAGCAGCUCUGAUGCAAAGGAAACCACAUUUGCCGUAGGGCAGAAUGCCACUGUUGACGGAGAUCCUCUUCAAAAAUCUAAACUCCAGAUCGGUUCCGCCAUAGAGAAAACUCCUGCUCCACUUGGUCAGUGGAACGGCACAUUUGAUUAUAAGCUUCCCUCACAACUAAACGGCACGAUAACUUUGGCAGAAAUUAGCUCGAAUGACAGUCAUCAAAGUGCCUUGGGCAACUCCUCUACUUCCAAAGCAAGAAAUGCAACAAUUACCCUUAAAGAUGGCUGUUCUGAAAACAACUCAUCAAAACUCCAAACAAAUGAAGCUGCAGCACCAGAAACCAAGAAGGACGGAAGCCCAAACAUAACAUUUGAAGCUGCAGAACCAGGAACCAAGAAGGACGGAAGCCCAAACAUGACAUUUGAAGCUGCAGAACCAGGAACCAAAAAGGACGGAAGCCCAAACAUGACAUUUGAAGCUGCAGAACCAGGAACCAAGAAGGACGGAAGCCCAAACAUGACAUUUGAAGCUGCAGAACCAGGAACCAAAAAGGACGGAAGCCCAAACGUGACAUUUGAAGAUGCAGUACCAGAAACCAAGAAGGACGGAAGCCCAAACAUGACAUUUGAAGCUGCAGAACCAGAAACCAAGAAGGACGGAAGCCCAAACAUGACAUUUGAAGCUGCAGAACCAGGAACCAAGAAGGACGGAAGCCCAAACAUGACAUUUGAAGAUGCAGUACCAGAAACCAAGAAGGACGGAAGCCCAAACAUGACAUUUGAAGCUGCAGAACCAGAAACCAAGAAGGACGGAAGCCCAAACAUGACAUUUGAAGAUGCAGUACCAGAAACCAAGAAGGAUGGAAGCCCAAACAUGACAUUUGAAACUCCUCUACAGCCAGCCAAUGUGUCCAUAUAUCUUUCACAAUCAGGUCUUUCUGAUUUUGAUGAGAGUUUGGUUUUAAAACCUCAGUGCUUGGCGUCUUCUACACCAAUGGUGAGCAUUAAAAUGUUCACCUUAGAGACAAAGAGAGAGCCAGGCCACAUCCUAGCAGCGCAGAAAAACCUUUAUGGGAAAACACCUAUUGAACCGUCAAACACCAUCAAACCGUCAAACAUUAUUGGUGAUCGUAAAACAUUCUUCAAGCAGCCCACAGUUAAAAACCUUUAUCCUUCCUCCAAAAUUGCCUCUGAGUUGUUGAAACGUAAUCCACCAGCGGCGGCAACAGGCCUGCUGGUGAAACGACAGAGACCAGACGGGGAGGCUGCGAAAAGUUCUGCUGCUCCAAAGGAACAGGAGAAAAACUCAAAUUCGUACAACCUGCGAUCUUUAGCCUCCAAGCUGCCGCCCCCCUCUGGCUUGCAGAGACCUCAGGUGAGCGGCAUUCCCAUUGGCUUACCGAGGGCUACACCGAGUCUGAGAGCAGCUCCCUGCUCAAGCACAGAAAAACCAAGUGGACCUGCAGCUGCCAACUUUGUCACGAAGAUGGCACCAGGAAAGAGGCAUCCUUUGGCUAAAGGAGACGUUUUGCCUGUGUCAAAGAGGAAGAAAACGGAUGCCAGCACAACUGAAGCUCCCGUAUCCGUCGGCGCCGCCAGCGGGGUAAAGACGGGGAAACAGCCCACAGCCGGCCACAGAUCUGCCCUGGAUAAAUCCUCCAGAACUGAUGCUGCAGCUGCUAAAACUGCAGCAUCAUAUGAUGUCAUCGGCAGGGGGAGGGGCUUAAAACAGCCGGCAGCCAAUCCCAGAGCUAACCAUGUUAAACCACAAAGCCAGGGUUGCACCAAAUGUGAACAUCUGUCACAAGAAAUAGAAAGGUUAAAGGAAGUGCUUCGCAAGCAUAAAAUACCACUGAACGGCUGAAGGUUUCCAUAAUUUUAAAAAAUAGUGAAAGUUUUAUAACUUUUUGUUGCUUUUGAUUAAAUGUGGAUUUAUAAAAUGAACAAGAAUAAAUGUCUAUGAUUAACUAAAGGA